CCACACACGACACACUGAGCUGCUGCUGCUGCUGCAUGUGUUAUUCACUGUACACGAAUGGAGUUUCGCGACAUAUAUUUACGGCGAUCCGGUGUAUGUCUCUACUGACAUAAGUUUUGAAAAAAGUAAAAAAAGAAUGGUCUUCCCUAGAGAAGAGGUUCUAUAAUAUCGCGCUUCGGAGAGUGUGGAUAAUGCUGAGUGGGCAGUGCGUUAAAAAAAUAAUUUAAGUGUUGUCUCCGGAACGAAAGAGAUCUUCGCUUUGCAGCGAAAAUCGUUUCUCCUGCGUAUGCUUCGAAUUUUCGGCUUCUAAAUCUCUCGUAGUUCCUUUUUAAUAACAAUUUUAUCUAAAUAACAACCAUGGGUCUCGAGGAUUUAAGAAUAGUGUUUGACAAUCCCUGGAGCACCUAUUAUCCCGGCCAAACAGUAACUGGACGGGUCAUUGUUAGACUUUCUUCGAUCAAGAAAAUUCGUGGAAUAAGCCUGAAGAUUAAGGGCGAGGCGAACACGUGCUGGGCAACGGACAGACAAGAAUUGAACAACGAGGGAAGAUACGAGAACGAAUCACAGACCGUUACCGGUCACGAGGAAUACUUUAGCCAACAGUACUAUCUCGUUGGAUCGGCAUCGGGAGAUGAGAUGGAGCUGCCAGUGGGUGAGCACGUUUACCCAUUCACGUGUUCGUUGCCGCCGAGUUUGCCGAGCAGUUUCGAGUCGCACUACGGUCACGUGCGCUACACGGUCAAAGCGAUAUUGGACAGGCCAUGGAAAUUCGAUCAAGAGGUCAAAACAGCCUUCACCGUCGUCUCGAAUUUUGAUUUGAAUCGAGAGCCCCGAGCAUCCGAGCCGAUAAACCAAGAAGCCUCGAAAACGUUUUGCUGCUUGUGCUGCGGCUCCGAACCGUUGAAAGUGAACGUGACACUGCCAGCCCGGGGUUACGUGCCUGGACAAGCGAUGCCGAUCAGAGUCACGGUCGACAAUAAAUCCGGCGUUGUUGUCGAAACGGUCAAACUGAUUCUACGGAAAAUUGUAACUUUUCGGGCUACGACUCCUCGCUCCGACACCAAAAGGGACAAAAUAGUCGUCGCUGAAGUCAGCAAAGGGCCUGUUCCCGCCGGCGAUUAUUCCGACUACGAACAGAGACUCGAAGUCCCUCCGCUUCCACCUUCCAAUCUCGCCAACUGCAGCAUUAUCGAUCUUGAGUAUAAUCUCAAGAUCGAGGCUUGUGUCGUCGGCUGGUAUCAUUGCAAUUUGAAAAACAACACGUUAGUUUUCAUCGGAACGGUGCCAUUGGCGAAUUAUCAACGGGCCAUAUCGCCUCCGGCUAUGAAAGGACCAGCAGCGAAUGAGGAAAAGCUCGGUGGUGAGCCAGCGGAUCCCACGUACGGUGGAUACCCGAAAGGAUAUCCGGCUUACGCGCCUGGUGGUGAGCCUGGCGCCACGCUUCCGCUCGGAAUCGGUGGAUACCCUUCGAUACCUCCUACGGCGCCGGAAAUUCCGGAGUGGGAUAACAACGGGCAGCCGAACGCUCAAUCGAAUUCUCACCUUUAUCCCAAUCUGCCUCCACCGUCGUACGAGGAGUCAGGUUGGUCAAUUCGAAGUCUUCGAGAACCUGGAGAAUCGGACAAGAUUUUGGGCCUCCGAAGUCACUUCGCUCCGCGAUAUCCGGUGUACAAUUUCGCUCCGCCUUCCCAAUAGUUUCUCUACCUGAUAUUUAUUCACGCCAAAAUAUUGCAAGUGCCUAUUAUUGCUCAACAACCAGUUGGCUUUGAAAAUCGAUGCGGAACGAUUCUCCGUGCCAGAUUUGCGCAUUACAAAUGCUUCAUUCGGACAUGAUGGCACGCAAAUGGACGCAGCACGCGAGCACAAAGCUUUUUCCUCGGUUUUUUGUAUAUAUUUAUAGGUUAUAUGUUUAUGAAGCAUUUUUUGUGUAACUCGUGUGAUCGUGUGAUUAAACGCGAUUGCUAGAAUGGAAUCGUUCGAUGUUGCGCAGUCCGAGUUUUUAUCACGUAUAAUAUUCAAAACUUUAUUUAUAUACACAAUGUUUGGAAGUAAAUAAAGCGAAACUUAUACAACAAAA